AUGGCCGGAGACAGAUUGAAGCCGAUUUUUCCCUGCGGAACAGCGGCGGAGUCACCGUACGCAGCAGCAAAAACGUCGGUGUGGUGGGAUAUAGAAAAUUGUCAGGUGCCCAGGGGAUGUGAUGCCGAUGCAAUCGCUCAGAAUAUAAACGUGGCACUGAAGAAAAUGAACUAUCAUGGACAAGUCACCAUUUACGCCUAUGGUGAUACCAAUGGCAUUCCUUCGUCCAUUCAAGGAGCCCUUUCCACUACAGGAAUCCGUCUCAAUCACGUCCCAGCCGUGAUUAAGGAUGCGAGUGAUAAGAUGAUAUUGGCGGAUAUGCUAUUAUGGGCAGUGGACAAUCCUGCACCUGCCAAUUAUUUGCUCAUUUCAGGAGAUGGAGAUUUCUCCAAUGCCAUUCAUCAGCUGCGGAUGAGGAAAUAUAAUAUUCUUCUAGCACAACCUGUUUAUGCUUCUCCUGCUCUUGCUGUUGCUGCCACAAAUGUAUGGCAAUGGACAAGCCUUGCUGCUGGAAGAUCUCCACCAGAAUUUGCUUUUAGUACCAAAACAUUACGUCCAAUUUCUAGACCUAUAUCAGCGAACCAACCUGCUUUUUCCGAUGCCCAUGCCAAUACCAAUAUCAAUGCUACUGCUUCCGGGACCCAAAGUUUAUCCAAUCCUGGAUGCUAUUCUGAUACAAAAACUAAAGCUAUUGACAUACCUAAGAACUUGGAUCAACUGACUACGACCAGCAUGUCAGGUACGCCAACUAAAGUUGAAGAAACUAGUAGCAGCUAUAGCCCACUCGCACCAGCUGUUGCACCAGUGCUGUUUGUACCACAUCUCUUUUUCACAAAGUCUGCUCAGCGUACUCAAUCCCAACCUCCUCUUGUUCCAGAUAACUUUGUGAAACUGAACUCUCGCCAGGACAACUUGCAAUCCCCACUUCAAUGA